AUGAGCAACACGGUCAGCGUCCAGGAGAUUUUGGGCGAGGCGCGCCGCCUGGUGGAACGUCUGCGAGCACAAGAAUGCAACGUUGACCGCCUGCUGGUUCAGGCGCAGGCCCUGAACCAGGGUGCAGAGGCCAUGCGCAAGUACCCCGAAGAGCUGACCCAGCAGGAGAUUCGGCGCAUGCGUCAGCUUCAUGAAGAGAAUGCCGAGCUUGUCACUGCCCUCAAGGAGCACCAGUCGGCUCUCCAUUUAGUAAUGACGAAGUAUCGAGAGCACGUGGCACGUCUGGGCUCUGUGCGCCAGGCCGAGCAUUGCCUUGGUGAACCGGGCUGCCACCACCUCCCUGACAAGAUCUGCGAAAUGGUUGAGGUGAUGCGGCGUGCGGCAGAGAUUGACGAAUCUUCUGGGACUCGCCAGACAGAGACCCUGGUACGCCUAGCGACUGAGAACGCCGUGCUGCGGCAGCAGCUUCACAUUGGUCAGCGUGCCGGCUCUGACGGACUCGCUGAUGUGGAAGUGCAAACCGAUUCAGGAAUUGUAGCCAGCCCGGAAUGA